UUCAGGAGGGACCCUGAGCAUGGGGGCUUAGAGGGCUGAUGGCUCCCAGCACAGCCACAGCCAGAGGCUGAGGUGGGUUUAGGUGGGUACCACUUGUGUUCCGGCCACCUCCUGCUGGUCCCACUGGUGCCCUGCAUCUCAGAGGGGAGCUGCGGCUGCAGAGCCUGGUUCCAUGCUCCAGCCCAGGUUCCCGAGGGGAUUUAACAGACCCUGGUACUUAGUUCCCCUGCCUGCCCCUUGUGACCUGCUUGCUUUGGCGCAGUGCGGCAGGCAGCGCGGUGCUGCGGGCUGAGAGAGGCGGGAGAACACGAGGAGUGGACGGUGUACUGGACGGACAGCUCGGUCUCCUUGGAGCGUGUCAUGGACAUGAAGCGCUUUCAGAAAAUCAACCACUUCCCAGGCAUGAUGGAGAUCUGCCGCAAGGACUUGCUGGCUCGGAACCUCAACCGCAUGCUCAAGCUCUUCCCCAAGGAGUACAAGAUAUUCCCCCGCACCUGGUGCCUGCCAGCAGACUACGGGGACUUCCGGGCCUACGGAUGCACGAGGAAAAAGGGAGCGUUCAUCUGCAAGCCAGAGAGCGGCUGCCAGGGGAAGGGGAUCUUCAUCACCCGUGACCCCCAGGACAUCAAGCACGGGGAGCACAUGAUCUGUCAGCAGUACAUCUCCAAGCCUUUCCUCAUUGAUGGCUUUAAGUUCGACAUGCGCCUCUACGUGCUGGUCACCUCCUGUGACCCGCUGCGGGUUUUCGUCUACAAGGAGGGGCUGGUCCGCUUUGCCACCAUGAGGUACAUCGAUCCCAGCAGCAGGAAACCGGGCAAACAGGGAGGUUUCCAAAGGACUCGCACAGCGUCUGAUGAUAUCUGCAUGCACUUGACCAAUUAUGCUAUCAACAAGCGUAACGAGAACUUCGUCCAGCACGACACCAUGGGCAGUAAGAGGAAACUGUCCACCCUGAAUGCCUGGAUGGCGGAAAACAGCUACAACACGGCAAAGCUCUGGGAAGAUGUUGACGAUAUCAUCAUAAAGACUCUUCUCUCAGCUCACCCUGUUCUGAAGCACAAUUACCAAAGCUGCUUCCCAAGCCACACCUCCGGCUCUGCCUGCUUUGAGAUACUGGGGUUUGACAUCUUGCUGGACAGAAAGUUGAAGCCGUGGCUGCUGGAGGUGAACCAUUCCCCCAGCUUCAGCACGGACUCUCGCCUAGACCGGGAGGUGAAGGAUGCUCUUCUCUGUGAUACCAUCAACCUGAUAAAUGUGAAUGCCUGUAACAGAAGGAAGGUGGUAGAGGAAGACAAGCAGCGGGUAAAGGAACGGCUCCUCCAGUCUCAUCAGGCUUCCCGUCCAUCCAGGCGCGAGGAGCUGCAGAGCAGGCAGGAGGCCUGGCUGCACCAGGCACAGCUGUACGAGGACGCGCACCUCGGCGGGUACCGGCGCAUCUACCCGGGCCACGGCACCGAGCGCUACGAGCGCUUCUUCAAGCACUGCGGCUCCCUCUUCCAGGAGACGGCCUCAUCCAAAGCACGGGAGCAGUGUGCCAGGCAGCAACUGGAGGAAAUCCGCCUGAAAAAGGAGAAGUUCGAAGCUGCCAUCGUGAAGAAGAAAGCAGAGAGGAAGGGACUGCUGCAUGGAGAGUCAGCAGGGGACAAACCCCGGACCUGCACGACCAGCACAGCGCCUUCAGCCCGCCUCCCCUCCAGAAGCAGCAGGAUAUGGGAUGGGAAGCACGCACAGGUUGACUCCAUGCAACCCCAGGAUAUCGUGGCAAAUGAGGAGAGGAAAAGAGUAAAUGCCCUGCUGCAGCGUGAGAACCUGAUCCGGAGCCUGGGCAUCGUAAAGCAGCUCUCCCACCUGCAACCUGCACCCCAGGCAGCAGCUGACACGCAGAGGGCCCUCCCCGCUGACUGCAAGAGCCAGGUAACUGAGCAGCACCCCGACUGCUUCUGCAUGGCCAGCACAGGAGAAAGCCAUUCCCAGGAGGAUGGCGAGGAUGGAUUGCAGGCAAUGAGCAUCCCUGGCUCAGUCAAAUGAGAUCCAACACAG